AUGCGCUCAUUUACGGUGUUGAUCCUGGUAGCGGCAGUUUCCGCAACUGUUGCUGCACAAAAAUCACGAUCGGCGGCCGAUUUGGCCGCUGAUAUAUAUAAUACAUGCCUAAAUGAUGUGAAUAUAAAGUGCGUCAAAUCGAAAGCACUAUCGUGGUUAAGUAAAGUGUCUGAUCAAGAUGAAAUUAAGAUCACCGAUACGCUAACCAUUAUACGUACUGGAACGGAUGAAGAAGAAAAUCCGGAAGUGAAAGAUGAACAGCGCAACAAUAAAGCUGCUUAUCUCUUGAACAAAAUAGAUAGCUUUCUCUCGACGCAUGCGCUGAAGAUGGGAGUUCCGGAAGUCCUGCAAUCCGAAGAAGCUCGUGCAUACAUUCCCGACUCCUUAACGAAAGGAGGGCUCGCCGAGGAACUAGUGGUUCCUUUGACCGAAGGAAAUGUAGCUGAAGGUCGUGGCUUUGUAAAGAAAGUCAUGAUUCCUUUCCUGCUUGGAAUCAAGUUUAAAUCGACAGUACUGGUACCGCUGGCGCUCGCAUUGAUUGCCCUUAAGACCUGGAAAGCAAUGACGCUCGGACUGCUCUCGAUGGUAUUGUCGGCAGCGAUGGUCAUAUUCAAAUUCGCCAAGCCAAAGAUUGUUAAUUACGAAGUGGUGCACUAUCCGCCACCACAUACCCACCAUGUGGACCACCAUAUCGAUCAUCAUCAUUUGGCUGCCCACCCGCACGUGCAUUGGGACGCUCCUGCCGGAUGGAAGAAACGGUCGCUUGACGCUCAGGAACAAGCCUACGCCGGACAACUGUAA